AUGCACUCCACCCUCCAUUUCAACAGACCCAAGACUGGAGGAGAUACCUUAUUUGCGGACAUGACGGAAGCAUACGCGCGACUCAGUCCUAUCAUGCAGGAGCGCUUGCACGGGCUGAAAGCCUUUCAUUCCGGGCUUGAGCAGGUGGCCUCGAGUAAAGCCCAAGGGGGCAUUGCUAGGAGGGAAGCCUCUACUGCGGAACAUCCCGUGGUCAGGACGCACCCUGUCACCGGCCAGAAGGCCCUCUUUGUUAAUCCACAAUACGUCAGAUACAUUGUGGGUAUGAAAAAGGAGGAGAGCGAUGUCAUUUUGAAAUUUCUCUACGAUCAUGUCGCACUGGGUUCAGACUUUCAAGUACGCGUGCGAUGGGAGCCCAGAACCGCGGUCGUCUUCGAUAACCGCGUCGUCAACCACUCUGGCCUACUUGAUUGGCUUGACGGAUCCCGGCGCCAUCUGGCGCGUCUCACUCCUCAGGCUGAAAAGCCAUAUGAAACGCCGUUCAAUUAG